AUGCCUGCGCUGAUUGGAGAGUAUCUGGUAUCGUUCAAACCCGAAGUGGGUGCGCUUUCGUCCCCAGAUGCGUUCGUUUCCAAUGGUCUCCAGCGUAUUCCCCUUGCAGGUUGUGCCGAGCUCGAGCCGGGAGACGUAAUUGGAGUGUCUGCCGCGCCGCUACUACGAGUACCGGUGGAAACCCUGAAGGCGGCACCAUCUUCGAUUCCUACCGGCCCCACAACAUCUACAUCACCACCUCGGGUCAACGCCGUUGGCCCCAAGUCCGGGACUCACCGCUCUCCGGACCCAGCCUCCGCCCCGCCUCCUCCGAAGCCGCCUCCACAAGAAGUACUUGACCGCUUCUCUGAGGCACAGCGCUCCAGCUUCAUGCGCUUGUGGGCUAGGCUGCCCGCACAUAUGCACGACAUCGCUUUCGAUCUACACAAUCCGGGAUGGACACCGGAGGCUAUUGAUCGUUUGGCCGACGCCCUUGUGGAGUAUUCUGACGUGUUCUCUACUUCGAAAACCGAUUUUGGUUUCUGCACCAUCAUGCCGUUCACGCUUUCGGUUCCAGCAGGGACGAAGCCCGUUGCAUCACGCCCGUAUCGUACCAACCCGUUGAUGCAAAAGAAAGUGGAUACCGUUUUGGACCAGUAUUUGGCGGCAGGGCUCAUUCAACAUUCCACAUCUCCGUGGGCUUCUCCUUUAGUUGUCAUCCUCAAGAAGGACGGAUCGGUUCGCAUCACGGUCAACUACAAACGUCUCAACGCUCUGAUUGUUUGUGAUGAAGACACUGUCCCGCUCACCGCCUUUUGCACUCCCACGCAGUUGUUCGAAUGGCUUCGGAUGCCGCAGGGCGCCAAUGCAAGUCCGUCUUGGUUCGUCAAGGUCAUCAAUAGAGUGGUGCACGGUCUGGAGCGUGUGCUUGCUUAUCUGGACGAUGUCAGAUGUUUUGAUGAGGAACCUCUGGGACACGUGCUAAACUUGAUCGAGUUGUUCAAACGACUGCGACAGUCCAACCUCAAACUGUCUCCAGGGAAGGCUCUCGUCGGCGCCACGCACGCCAACUUUCUCGGUCACACCAUCUCUCCGGCAGGUGUUAGCCCUGAUGGCGUUAAGGUUAGGGCGCUCACGCACAUGCCGCCGCCGACGAAUGUUAAGCAGCUUUGGAGGCUUCUCCGUGGACUCAGUUACUACCGGAAAUUCCUCAAGAAUCUCGCCACCAAGGUACGACCUCUCUACUCUCUUCUCAAACAAGGCGUCCCCUUCAAGUACACCCCGGGCAUGGUCAAGGCUGUCAAAACGUUGUCAAGCGAACUCGCUUGCCCCUCGAUUUCGGUCUUCCCGGAUUGGGCAGCAAUCGAGGACAACAGCCGUCCUCUUUGGUUGUGUUCCGACGCGUGUAUCGACGGUUUUUGCACCUCCUUGGAACAAGAACAGCUCGAUGGCUCGGUGAGAACCAUCGUGUACAUCAGCCGCGCUACUCUUCCUGCGGAGCGUAACUGGACCGUUUUGGAUCUGGAGGCUGGUGGCAUUGUUUGGGCCUUCAAAUGCCUUCGCGGUUAG